ACGAUCACCCAUUUCAUCCUUUCGGCAUCCUACGGCUCACGUCUAGCAGGCGCUUUGUUUAUUCGGCCCCCUUACCCGUAGCGCACGGUUCUUCUCCACAAGUCAAAGCUGAUCAGGUAAAAAUGGCUCCUUCUGCAACUGUCGUCGUCCUUUCCUUCACUGUAACUGUUUUCCUGGCGCGGGCUCAAGAAUUUCCUGAAAGACAGCCUGAGUUGGGCGUUUAUCAAGACGAAUCAAAGUGUUUUCCGUUCCAAGGAACCUUGUACCAGAUCUACAGGAACUUUGAAGAGGACAAGUAUUUCGGCGGCAAAGCGAAAUGCGUUCGUGGCAGCCAAUCCGGCGACACUAAAGACGGCGCCAUUCCAAUCUUGUUCGAGUUCGGAGAAGGCGAAGAGCUCGACACUGCAUUCCGACUUAUGUCAUCACCUGGUUAUGAUACCUCUAACGUCAUGAACGUCACGCCUGAAGACAAUCCCAAUGGUGCGUUCAACCUGACAGCUGCAUUUCGAGACUGCACGCAGUGCAAAGUGCUCCGACAUAGCUACAUUGACAAUGGCGAAGGCUGCAGUUAUUGGGUGACAGACCAGGCACUUCACCAACCAAAUACAUGCUGCCAGUUUGUUUAUGCCCUCUUGUGCGGCACUAAGAAAUACCAAGUAUACGAAGAUGGCUGCUAGAAAUGCGAGUCCUUGGUGCAAGUGCCGCAUUUGGCGCUGAAGAACGCUGUUCUAGC